AUGCCUCCGAUUAAUUACGAGGUAAAUGGGCAUCGACGUACAAUGGAGUAUUACCUAUUUGAUGGUAUUUAUCCCAAAUGGGCAACUUUGAUUCUGACCAUCCCACACCCAACAACUGGUAAAGAGAAAUUGUUUGCUAAAAAACAAGAAGUCGUUAGGAAAGAUGUUGAACAAACGUUUGACGUGCUGCAGAUCAGGUGGGUUACAACGCAAGGACCCGUGCAUUAUUGGGAUAAAGAAGAUCUAAACAAGAUAAUGAGAACGUGCAUCAUAUUGCAUAAUAUGAUCAUUGAAUAUGAAAGUGGACAUAUUUUGCGAUGGACACCUCCGCCGGAUGAGGUAAUAUCCCUUCUACAAUACAUUCGAAAUCCAACAAUGUUGGCGGCAUACAUUUCCGGUCCCUUUAGAAGAAUUCGCAAUAGAGUGGAUAAUGCUGAUCUCAAGAGACAUCUGAUGGAACAUUUGUAG